CCGGUCAGACAGGCGGCUGGUGUGUCUAUAAUCAUUAUUUCUAUGCUCUUGCCAUUUUCUUAAGUGGAAUUUUUUCUAGGUUACACAACGGCAGUAGUCUACUUGAAUAAGUCACGGAUUUUGACUCAGAAGGACAAAGUCGUCCAUUUGGAGCGCUUAUUCGGUACACAAGAUCAACCAGAUCUCUUUAACCUGUUUUUGAAGACUGUAAAGUUGGUCGUUCAAUAUGCUUUUGGGCAAAGUGAGCUUGACUCCUGCUUUGUGCACAGCACUUCGUAUCUCCCCUGCCUUUUCGGGGGUUCAGAAGCAGAUCCGAGCAGCCGCCGCGCAGAAUGCCCGCCUCUAUGCUUCUUCUCAGGCCGCGGAGGUAGGCAAUGCAGUUCUGGACAAGCAGGCUGUUGGCAGUGCCACAGCAACGAAGGCAGCCACUGCCAAGAAGGCACAGAGCGUGGAGUCCCAGUCUUUCGCCGUCAACAUGUUCAAGGGCCAGAUCAACCCCUCACAGGUGUUCCCCUUCCCCUCAGUGAUGAACGAGGAGCAGACCCAGUUCCUCCAGGAGUUGGUCCCACCCGUUUCCAAAUUCUUUGAAGAGGUGAACGACCCAGCAAAGAAUGACUCCCUGGAGAAGGUGGAGGACAGCACCAUGGAAAGCCUGAAGGAGAUGGGGGCCUUUGGGCUGCAGGUCCCCCAGGACCUAGGGGGCGUGGGGCUCACCAACACACAGUAUGCCAGGCUGGUGGAGAUCGUGGGCCAGCAUGACCUGGGGGUUGGCAUCACUCUGGGUGCCCACCAGUCCAUCGGUUUCAAGGGCAUCCUGCUGUUUGGUAACCCUGCCCAGAAGGAGAAAUACCUGCCCAAGCUUGCCACAGGUGAGACCCUGGCUGCUUUCUGUCUGACUGAACCAGCCAGUGGCUCUGAUGCUGCGUCCAUAAAGACCCUGGCUACCCUCUCUCCCUGUGGAAAACACUACAUUCUCAAUGGAGGCAAGAUCUGGAUCAGUAAUGGAGGUCUGGCUGAGAUCUUCACAGUGUUUGCCAAGAUGCCCAUGAUGGACGAGAAGACAGGACAAAUGAAGGACAAAAUCACAGCCUUUAUCGUGGAGAGGAGCUUCGGAGGAGUGACACACGGCCCCCCUGAGAAGAAGAUGGGUAUUAAGGCAUCCAACACAGCGGAGGUGUACUUUGAGAACGUCCCGGUACCUAUUGAGAAUGUCAUGGGAGAGGUAGGUGGCGGCUUCAAGGUGGCCAUGGCCAUCCUCAACAACGGACGCUUCGGCAUGGCCGCCGCCCUCUCCGGCACCAUGAAGGGAGUCAUCAACCAGGCUGUGGACCAUGCAGCCAACAGGGUCCAGUUUGGCAGUAAGAUCCACACCUAUGGCGCUAUCCAGGAGAAGUUGGCACGCAUGGCCAUGCUGCAAUAUGUCACUGAGUCCAUGGCCUACAUGAUCAGUGGAAACAUGGACAGUGGAUCCAAAGAUUACCAUAUCGAAGCUGCUAUCAGCAAAAUCUUUGCCUCUGAGGCGGCCUGGGAAGUGACUGAUGAGUGCAUCCAGGUCAUGGGAGGAAUGGGCUUCAUGAAGGGCUCUGGUGUGGAGAGGGUGAUGAGGGAUCUUAGAAUCUUCAGAAUCUUUGAGGGAACCAACGACAUUCUCAGACUGUUUGUGGCUCUCAACGGAUUCCAGGAUGCAGGGAAGCACCUGAAGUCUCUACAGAAGGCUCUGAAGAACCCUCUGGGCAACGCUGGGCUGCUAGCUGGAGAGGUGACCAAGAGGGCCAAGAGGAGGGCAGGUCUGAGCACUGGCCUCACUCUGCAGGGAUCAGUCCAUCCAGAGCUGUCUCACAGUGGAGAUCUGGCUGUUAACGCUAUAGAGCACUUUGGAGUCACCGUUGAGGAUAUGCUGCUCAAACACGGCAAGAACAUCCUCCAUGAGCAGUUUGUGCUGAAGAGAGUGGCAGACAGUGCCAUUGACCUGUAUGCUAUGGUUGUUGUCCUGUCCAGGGCGUCCCGCUCUCUGAGCCAGGGUCAUGCCUCUGCCCAGCACGAGAAGAUCCUGUGUGAAACCUGGUGUAUCGAGGCCUAUGACAGGAUCAUGAAGAACGUCAAGGACCUGAAGUCUUCUUCCACCACCCAGGUCUUUAAGAACAUGAAGGCCAUAUCUGCUGCCUUAGUGGAGAAUGGAGGCGUCGUCGCUCCUCACCCUCUGGGCUUCUAAACCAACUCAUAGAACAUUUAUAACAUAACCACUGACAGAAACAUACUACUCCCUGAGAGAUAACCUUUUCACCCUACUGAGCCAAUUCAAGCUAAGCUGUUUUGCACUGGCUGAAACCAUGCUAGAAAGGAAUAUGUGAAACGAAAAUCUCAGAGCUAGUACGGUUCGGGUUGGCACGAUAAUGUGAAAAGGCUAAGAGCGCUCUUCUAUUGGGGAAUCUCAACUGCAUACUUCUCAUGUCCUCGCUUCUUUCUCAAAACCCAUUGGAGGAGAAGGUUAGAGGGGAGGGAACUUUUGCUAUCUCAUCCAAUUGGUCUUGAGAAGGUGGUGAGGAGAGAGGACACAAGGAGUUAGCAAUUGAGAUUCUCCCAUUGUCUCACAAACCCUCCUCAGCAGAAAAAAUGUAAUUCUUCAAGCCUCAACGCAUCACAAGGCAGGCGGAUCAACUAUCCUUCCACAUGGUUCUGACUGUCGAUUUACUGAAUGUAAAGUCUGUUUUACUUUCACUAUAUUUAUGGCCUUUUAAAUAAUAUGUAUUGUAGUCUUGAUUUCUGUCCAGGAUAUCAUUUGGAACUAACCAUAUGUGCAUUGUGGUAUUUAUCAAAUGACCAAGAUGUGGGGGAAGACAAAGUUCGUUUUUUUGAAGGUUUCUGUAUUAAGUUGAGAUUUGGUUCUGGGUUGCUGAGACUGUUUGGGACAAUUCUAAGGAAGAACAGUUUGAGGAAGUAUAGAGACAUCAGCGCCUUGUAUCUGGGCUCUUUAAAUGCAUCACUUUGUGUUCAUUGUGACUAAAUUCGCUCUACCUGUCAAUAACCUGAUAUGUACAGAGUUGUGUGUGCUGCACUCACAAAUGGCCUCUGUCCGAAAUGCUAGGGAAAAUAUGGUGCCAUUUCAGUCGCCCAUGGUGUCUCCCCUACUAGUUAUUUGUUGAAUGUUCUAAUGACCUUUGACCGUUGUAUUGUGGUCAGGCGUCAAUAUGUCACAUUCCGUGCACUCAGUCAUCUGUCCUUUUUGUUUUCUCUGCUUUCCACCACUUCACUCGUUUGUGCACGGUGAUCAUUUAUUCCUUACCGUUUUAUGUAUUCUAUAUAAGCCACAUUGUACUCACAGUUUGUGAGUAUAACUCAGUAUAUUUUUGUGGAAAGCCUGUUUGUGAAAGCCUGUUGUCACCACCAUACAGUCACUUUUUUGACCAGCCUGCAGGAAUAGUGGUGCAGCACAUACAAACUCAACCACCCACAAACAAACACUAGAGCCUGAUAUUGCAAUUGCCUUUGCCAGGGGUUCAUUUUUUAAAGAUAGUACCGGUAUGUCGUGUUGCUAAAUAUGUACCAUACUCAAUAGGGAUUGGCUUGUGGCUACUUCUAUCAUGUUCAUGUCAAAAUUAAUGUAGCAUUGAUGAUAAUAAAGGAAGAACUUGUGUUUA